AGACAUAAAGAUUUCCAAAUUCCAUGUCCGGUAGAGAUGCGCGGAUAGGCAAAUAUUUCAUCCGCAACCGCAUCAGAAAGUCGUCAACCAUCCGCCAUCCACCCGAUGUAACGUUUGAAUAGAACUGCAUCCGCCCGCACCCGCCCGUUAUAUCUAAUGUAGACGAUGCAAGGCAUUAGUGAGGCACCUGCCAACUACUCCGGUUUUCCCGUAAUUCGUACGGUUUUCAUCAACCUAUUCCGGGUUACGGGUGCAGUGAUAAAAAAUACGGUUUUUCAUUAAUUAAAAAAAAAAAGGGUGAAAACUACGCGAAUUGCACCUUGUGCAGACAAGAUUUUUCGAUCGGACACGGAGGAAUUAGCGAUGUAAAAGACCACUUUGGGACAAAAAAACACAAGUCUAAUGCCGUUGCUAGCGAUACAAGUGGAAAACUUUCAACGUUUUUCGUCGCCCAAACAGAUUCUUUGGAUGUGAUAAAUGCCGAAGUUUUAUUUACGGAGGCAAUAAUUGAGCAUGGACUUCCAAUCGCACUGGCUGAUCACAUGGGACAGUUAAAUGUUUGUAAUGCAACCUUUAAAAAUCUUUACGCGGUGAUCGCGGUCCCAAAAAUAAACUUUUCUUGCAUGAUAAUGUCCAGAAAAAUUCGCUUUAUAUUACUAUAGAGUCCUUUUAACGAAUGAGUUUGAUGGUUUAUCACAAACCUUAAAUGAAAGAAGUCCUUUGUUCGCACCAUAUGCACCAUGUUCGAUGUCCCGGUUUUAUGACAGUCGUAGACGUACACAGCGUCGCGAGUCCACGCUGAACUUUUCUGGCCUUUUUUUCCCCUGGUCUUUAGUAUUCCCUUUUUUAGUUUGUCGCGUACCACGUUUGCUGCCGGUGUUGCCAUUAUUUUUUUUCUUCUUCUGAUGUGGCUGCUGCAGGUGCCUGCUGAUAAAUAAUUGCCUGUUUCAAAGAGUGCUGCUCGUUUUUCGUAUGUGGCUAACAACAUUUAACUAUGUAUAUAUAUUUCCGAAUUGGUUUAUCUGCCACCCGCAAAAAAAAAAAACAAAAAAAAAAAAAUAUCUCAUUAAUCCGCCCGACCCGACCCGCGGCGCGGAUAAAAUCUUAUUUAUUUAAAUUUCAUCCGCCCGAUCCGCGGAUAAUCCGCCGAAUCCGCGGUUGUGUCCGCAAACCGCGCAUCUCUAAUGUCCGGCCAUUGUGUAGGAUUAUCAGUCCACGCAUCUGCUGGAAGGCGGUAAGGGCAGUCGUUUAAUCCAACUACAGAACAUUUUAACUCGUAUCUUAACCUAGCCUCACUGGAAAGACUAUUUACAUAAUCAUACGCCAUUUAGAACAGUUUAAAAUGCCGUGAAACCUCGUUAAAUGCCUUUUCUGUCAAUGCUGUGUUCGCUGUGAGCUGGUUUGUUUUCAACGAAUUCAAUAUGGCGACUGCGUUGCUAGGGGAUUGGAGGGCGGAAGUGACGUAGGUCCGCCCUCGCCCAUAACACGGAAGUGCUGCGGCUGUCUGAACAAGGCACAGAGCUCCGCCCCCCAUGCGCGCUCUCGCGUUAGGGGAUACAAAUUAUUUCAGGGAUACAUAAUCUCGCACGACGCCUGUACCUCCGACAUAUCUACUAGUAGUGUAUUUAGUUACCAAAAUGAUUAACAUUACAUCGCGGAAAUAAGGAAACCAGCACAUAAAGCGGAAGUUACGUCCGUCAGCGGUUUCUAUUGUGGUUACCUAGCAACCCUUGUGUUUCACGCCGUCAUGACGCUGUGAUGCAAAUAAAGCCACACUCUCUCGGAAGUCGGCUCAGAAUGGAGCAGCAGGACGGACACGAGCACGAAGCGAAACACUGUGAAGAAAAUGUUUCCCUUCCACAGGAUGUUACAACAUCAGAACCUUGCCUCAGGUCUCAGGCUGAUGAAAACAGUGAGGAAGAGUCUGCAUUAAUGAGACAUUCUGCCCACUUUUUAGACCCGUCAGAAGACAUGGAUGAAGACAAUCAACUGAUGGAGGAGGAUGAGAUGGAACUCCUUAUUCUUGAUGCUGAACAUCCUCUCGUCGCAGAGAAGCAAGCUGCACUAAAGAAUCAACUCAUGAAGGAACUGGAGAGGCUCAUACUGGAUAUAAAGGAAGAGGUGGCAAUUGAGAUGGCAGAAUCGAACCAAAUAGAGGAAAUAUACCUUGAGUUGUUCAGGGAACAGGAGACACUAAAACAACUCCAUACAAGGCUAGAGGGCCAACAACAAACCAAGAUCUUGGCGGAGAGCAAACAUCAACAGGUUCAGGAUCAACUGGAGGCAAUGAGGGCUUGUCAUACCAGCAAUACAAACCAGUGUAACAAGACCAGGGCCAAUGUAUCCAACCUACAGAAAGAGCUGGAAAAACUGAUGCCACACCUCAACUUCACACAAGAAGUCAGUGAAGAUCUGCAUUGCAAUGUAAAAGCCAUGAAGAAUGUCACAAGCAAGGCAAGAGCUAAGAGAUCUCAAGUGGAAGAGGAGAAAUUUACACAGGAUAUGUAUGUGGAGCACCUCACCAAGGACUUGGAGCGACAAACACAACAGAGGGACAUGUAUGAAGUUCAGAGAAAAGCCCAGGCAGAGACAACACGUGCAACCAAAGAGGCUCUUUCUGAGGCAGAAAUUCAAAUCGAGUCCCUGGCGAUGUCACAGAGACAGCUACUGCAGCAGUGGAACAGGAGCCUGGUGGAUUUGAAGAGGCGGGAUGAAGAUUUCCAAGCCAUGCAGGAGGCUGUUAGCAUGGCGGAGCACCAAGUAAUCAUGCUGGACAAAGCGAUUGAAGGCAGCAAGAAAUCCAUUUCUGAGCUGCAGGAGAAGAGCGAGACUCUCACUAUGCUGCUAAACUGUGCCCAGAUGGACUGUGAGGUCUCCAAAAAGAUGAUGAGUCAGAAUCAAAACCAAUACGAAGCUGUGCAGGCCCAAUAUGGCAUCUGCAGCCGUGCCCUGGGGGAGACAGAGCGCACCCUGGCAGAGUUCACUAAGGAGGACAAUGGUCUUCAAGCUGAAGUGACUGACCAAAGGAGAAAGCUUGAGAAAAACAAAGAGAAGCACCUGAAGUUAGAGGACAAGAUUAUGACCCAAAUGCUGCAGAAGCUCAUGGAUAGCAAGGCUGCUCAGUUCUAUCAACGGCUUACCAACAAGACAGCAUCUCUCAAGAAAGAGAAGGCUUAUCAGCUGUGGCAUUUGGAGAGUGAAGUAAUGGCAACAACAUUGGAGAGCAAUGUGAUCAAUGAGAAACUGGAAAACUUAUCCCGAAGUCUAAAGGAGCUUGAUGAAGAGAUCACAAAGUACAACAAGGUGGUUACAUCUACCAAGGCUGACAGUUUUUCGAUGGAUUUACUCAUCUCACAGAAACAGACCGCCAUUGUAAACUACAACAAUAAAAUCUAUCUCAUUGGAACUAACACUGGGCAUGGAGACCUCAGUCCUUUGCAAAUAAAUGUAGAGGGAAUAAAGUCUCAGAUUGAGAAAUUAUCUGAGAAAAUCAAGAAUGACCAGCAGCUCUGGCUGAAGCAUCAAGGAACACUCGUGGGACUGAUCCUUGACAUACAGGCACAUAGAAAGGAGUACAACAAAUCGCAGGCAAAGUUCACUGUGAUCCGUCAAAAGAAGAUUUAUCUGGAGCGUCAGUUUGAGACGAUGCACCAUGAGGAGAGUGACUUGGAGAAGAGCAGUGAGAUGCUUCAAAGAGACCUGCUGAAGCUCAACACUCUUCUCAGCAAGAACACUCAGUUGUGUCACGCUUUGGAGCAGGAGAACUCUGCCAUGCAGGCUGACUUUCUUCACAAACUUAAGGAUGCUGACCGGGAGUCCAUAGAGAUGGCACUAAAACUGGAAAAGACUCAGGAGGAAAAAGAGAAACUCUUCACCGGUCUGUUGGAGACCCAGCAUCAUAUCAUGCUAUGGGAAAAGAAGACCCAUCUUAUGAAAGAAACACGUUUAGUUGUGGAGGAGAGUCAGGAAGAUAUCCAGAUAAUUAAGAAUGACAUUCACUGCAUGGAGCGGCAACUCCACCAGCUAAUGAAGCAGCGCCAGCAGCUGCAAAGGGAGAGUGUAUCCGUGGUGGAAAAAAGGGGGAACAUCAUUGAGCGCAACAAGGCCCUGGCCCGCAAUGCUAAAAAGCAAAUUACCAUGGCAAAGCCACAUCAAAUGAAUGAAGGCCUGCGGCGCAAAGUCAAGGAAACACAUAAGCAAGUGAAAGAGUGUGAGCAUGAGAUAACGGGACUGCAGGAGAGCAAGGUGAUCCUGAGCAACACACUUGUGCAGCAUAAACAGCAACUGACUGACCUGUCUGGCACCUGUGAUGUCCUAGAGGCGGAUUUAACAAAUAGCAGGGACACCAAACACAUGGCUCAUGCCCACCUGAUGGACUUUCAAAGAAAGGCCAAAAAGCUGCAAGAGGUGACUGAUGGCGAGUACCAACCAUUAUCCUCCAGCCAAUCGGUGGAAGCAACAAUGCAGAGCCAGAUGGAUCGUGUGCGUGACAUGAGCAAUAUUAUUGCUAGUGUGUGUGAGGAAUAUGCCCACCAUCAAGCAGCUCUCCGAGCUCUGUCACUGUCAUUGGCAGCAAGCACUCACACCCUUCUGAAGCAGGAAGUCAUCUGCGGGUGAGAAUAAACGGUAGACCAAGAGUAUGGAAUUACUGCAGUAUAUAUAUGUAUAUAAACAUAUAUACAC